AGAAAGCGCGCGUUCGGAAAGGGGGAGGGGCCGGGUUAAGGAGCGCUUCGUCACGUCCGGCAGACUUAGAGCCCGUGCGGAGGCGGUGCAGAACGCUUCGGUGUUCAGCGGCUCGGGAACCUGUGCGUUUUGUGAGGCUGCGGCGGAGCCUCCAUAUAGAAGGCGCAAGAGGUUGGCAGCUUCGAUUGAAGCACGUCGAGCGGCGACAGCAGCUAGGAGUCAUGAGCGACAGCGGCGAGCAGAACUACGGCGAGCGGGUUAAUGUUGAAGAAGGAAAAUGCGGAAGUCGUCCUUUGACAAGUUUUAUAAAUGAGUAUUUGAAGCUCAGGAAUAAGUGAAGCUGAAAUUUGAAAAAAUAAAAGAAAGAAUGCAUGCUAAUUAUCAGACCAGAAGUCCCACUUGUAGAAUAUUGAGCAAUUUGUGUGAAGUGGGGAAGAUGAAAGAAGUCAGAAUUUGAAACGGAAGAAUGAAGAAAAGAAAUAAAAAUGAAGUUAAGAUAAGAAGUAAUCUGGAAUCAGAAAGCACUACGCUAAUUUUCCUAAAGAAUGUCACCAGGAUGGUUAUAGAACCGAACCCUCAAAAUUGAAGCAAACCAGUGAACAGGAAUCCCGUUCUGCUUCCAGAAGUGGAAGUGCUCAUGGAUCUGGGAAAUCUGCAAGGCAUACCCCAGCAAGGUCUCGCUCCAAGGAAGAUUCCAGGCGUUCCAGAUCAAAGUCCAGGUCCAGAUCUGAAUCUAGGUCUAGAUCCAGAAGAAGUUCUCGAAGGCAUUACACAAGAUCAAGAUCUCGGUCCCGCUCCCAUAGACGAUCCCGUAGCAGGUCUUACAGUCGAGAUUAUCGAAGACGGCAUAGCCACAGUCAUUCUCCCAUGUCUACUCGCAGGCGUCAUGUUGGGAAUCGGGCAAAUCCUGAUCCCAACUGCUGUCUUGGAGUAUUUGGAUUGAGCUUGUACACUACAGAAAGAGAUCUAAGAGAAGUAUUCUCUAAAUAUGGCCCCAUUGCUGAUGUGUCUAUUGUAUAUGACCAGCAGUCUAGACGUUCAAGAGGAUUUGCCUUUGUAUAUUUUGAAAAUGUAGAUGAUGCCAAGGAAGCAAAAGAGCGUGCCAAUGGAAUGGAGCUUGAUGGACGUAGGAUCAGAGUUGAUUUCUCUAUAACAAAAAGACCACAUACCCCAACACCAGGAAUUUACAUGGGGAGACCUACCUAUGGCAGCUCACGCCGUCGGGAUUACUAUGACAGAGGAUAUGAUCGAGGCUAUGAUGAUCGAGACUACUACAGCAGAUCAUACAGAGGAGGAGGUGGAGGAGGAGGAGGAUGGAGAGCUGCUCAAGACAGGGAUCAGAUUUACAGAAGGCGGUCACCUUCUCCUUAUUAUAGUCGUGGAGGAUACAGAUCACGUUCUAGAUCUCGAUCAUACUCACCUCGUCGCUAUUAAAGCAUGAAGUUGAAGACUUUCUGAAACCUACCCUAGAGUUGGGAUAUUGUUUGUGGACAAUAUUUUUUAUUGUCUCCUGUUUAAAAAGUGAACAGUGCCUAGUGAAGUUAGGUGACUUUUACACCUUUUAUGAUGACUACUUUUGGUGGAGUUGAAAUGCUGUUUUCAUUCUGCAUUUGUGUAGUUCGGUGCUUUGUUCAAAGUUAAGUGUUUUCAGAAAAGUAUGUUUUGCAUGUAUUUUUUUACAGUCUAAAUUUUGACUGCUGAGAAGUUUCUAUUGUACAAAACUUCAUUUAAAAGGUUUUUCUACUGAAUCCAGGGUAUUCUGAAGAUCGAAGCCUGUGUGUAAAAUGCUACCAAAUGGUAAAAAGCAACAAUAAAGUUUGGUUUUUACUUUUCUUUCUAACAUCAAUGCUUAGCAAAACUGUUCAGAUUAGGUUGUGUCAGUAGUAAAUUUCAAGACAAAAAUACCCAUUUUCCUCCAAUCCAUGAAACAUAUUAUACUUAAUAUACCUGCAACUAAGUGUUAAAAAUUAUGCUCUGUAACCCUGUACUGCUAGUACUAGAACUAAAGAACUUUCAAUACAGCCAAUGCUUAAUGCUUAUAUAAAUGUGGAUUUGUCAGCCUUUAUGUAAUCUGUAUCAUAUAAAGCAGGGGAUAAGAAAAGAGGUACGCGAUGUAUGCCUUUAAAAGGCUAUUUCUUAAAGCUGUUACAAGGGGAUAAUGGUAUUUCAACUAGUUAUCAGCAAGUGACAAUACAUUCCACCACAAAUGUACUCUUGUUCUUCUAGCUUUUAGACUAUGGAAAAAAUUAAGUGCUUCAGAGUUCGGGAAAAGAGAAAGGGAACACUACACCUGUGUUGUGGAUGAACCGAAGACUUUGCCUGUUCAUUUUUUAAAUAUUAUUUUCAGGUCCUUUGCUUACCAAAGGAAGCCCAAUUUCACUCAAAUGUUUUGAGAACUGUGUUUAAAUAAAUGCAAAUGAAAAGAGUAAAA